CCGCAACUGCGUCUCGUGUUUAUUAUCGAGUCCUCGCGCACACUUGAUUAGACUUCUCCUGUGCAGCAUCUCUACCUCUGCGCAGCCUAAAUAAACAACCAUCAGACUUGUUGUUUUUAUUUAAUAUUUCACAACUUCACAUAUUAGCUGUCGAGGUGAAAACGGAGUUCAUGCCAGAUUUCGAGCACUUCCGAUUUUCCUACUCUAGAAUGAAUCCCAUCUUGGGUGAAAGCGCGUACGCGGUCCAGCAGCCGCAGAAUCCCGGGAUGAGUUUAUCGGACACGGACCCUGGCUUUUUCUUUGGCGAUACCGGACAAGAUAGUUUGGAUUCAGGCUAUCUGUCCAGCAGCUUUCCGUAUUUACCCUCCAGCGGCUCACUGCACCGAGCAUCAUCUCUUCUUCCUCCUCCUCCUCCUCCUCCUCCUGCAGCGGCUCUGCGCAAUGAUCUCGGCUCCAACAUCAGCGUCCUGAAGACUCUGAACCUGCGAUUCCGCUGCUUCUUGGCCAAAGUGCAUGAGCUGGAGCGCCGAAACAAAGCCCUGGAAAAUCAGCUUCAGCAGGCCCGAGAGGCUAAUAAUAAUGAUAGAGGACAAGGUAAAAGAAAUUGCGCUGUCCACUUAGGACCAGACAAGUUCACAGCAAGUUCGAAUGCAAAUGAUUCUCCAAGCUUGACCAGCACUUUACUAGGACCAGCACUCAAUGGCUCGGGACUCAUGCCGAGAAACAAGAUCCUGGUUGGAAAUUUGGACUCAGCAGGUGUGAUUGACUCAAAUUCCAAUCUUUCCCCGUUAUUCCCCUUAUCUCCAGUUGAUCCCAAAUCCAUCUCCAGUAUCAGACAUAGUUAUGAUGCCAGUGGGACAGAAAGGUCCACAGCUCAGCUUCAUCCCACGUCGGUGUGGUUCCACAACCCCCCUGGACGGUUCAACAACAGCUGGGAUUUGAGGGUUUCGGGUCCCAGAGUGUCAUGGCCGUACCAAGACGGGGUCGGGGUCCAAAUCGACACCAUCACACCAGAAAUCCGGGCCCUUAAUAACGUCCUGGCAAAAGUGAAGCUGGAAAGGGACGAAUACAAGCAAAGGUGGGAAGAGGAGUAUACUGUCAGACUGGACCUACAGGAGAAGAUCGCAGAGCUAGAAGAGGACCUGUACAUGAGUGAGAUGUGUCAGGAUAAACUGGCUCUCCAAGUGAAGCAGCUGAAGGCUGAGCUCAUCGUCUUCAAGGGUCUCAUGAGUAACAACCUCUCAGAGUUGGACAGUAAGAUCCAGGAGAAGGCGAUGAAGGUGGACAUGGACAUCUGCAGACGGAUCGACAUCACCGCACGCCUGUGUGAUGUGGCCCAGCAGCGGAACUGUGAGGACAUGACUCAGAUCUUCCAGCAGGUGGCUACGCCUCCCUCGACACUGACCCGCUGCCACUGCAAACAGGCCUCACAGACUAAUAAACCCAACAGUGCCGAGGACUCGGUCAGCACUUCUGUUAAUGAGGAGAGCAAGAACAAAGAGGCGGAGCUUUGUGGCUCAUCCACCAAUCUGGUCAAUGAAGAGAUGCAGAGGAUGCUCAACCAACUGCAUGAUAAUGAGUUUGAGGAUGACUGUGACAGUCUGGCAUGGGAAGAAACAGAAGAAACCUUACUGCUCUGGGAGGAUUUCCCAGGAUGCACCUUGUCUGUGGACACUAAUGGGGAGGCAAGCAUUAAAGGCACACCAUAUCCAUGCCUCAGUAAAGAUCCAGGCCUUAAACUGCAGGACGAGACCAUAGAGAAGGUCAUAAAGGACACAGAGUCUAUGUUUAAGUUUCGUGAGAAGGAAUACCAAGAGACCAUUGACCAGAUAGAGCUGGAGUUGGCCACAGCAAAAUCGGACAUGAACAGGCAUCUGCACGAGUACAUGGAGAUGUGCAGCAUGAAGCGGGGUCUGGAUGUGCAGAUGGAGAUCUGCAGGAGGCUCAUGACUCAGAGUGGAGACAGGAAAUCUCCCCUUCCAGUUCCUGUGACUUCGGAGGAUGCGGAGGAAGGAGAGAAGGAGAGAAAGAAGGCAAGUCUUUUCUCAGACUCCAGCACUGAGUCAUGCUUUGACAAUCUGAACAACCCUGCUUUUGCUCACCUACCAUGGAGGAAGUCCUAACAGACUUUUGUGUCUGCUAAGCCCUAUUUUUAUACCGUCUCUACUUUACACUGAAGUUGAGGCGGAAACCUUAAAUGACUGAUCAUUACACCAAACGACACUACUGCCCCCGAGUGGCAUAGAAUAUUACUAUAUUAACGAUUUACUUAUAAUUUACAGAAAUAAGUCAGGAUGCAGCUUCUCUUCUAAUAAGAUGUACACAGGGUGUGUUGUGACAACCUGCAUCUGGAUAGAAGAAUCACUGAAUCUUUCUUAAGGCCAGAGAAUAAAAAUUACUUUAAACUACGGAUGUAAACAAAUCCAUAUACAUACACUACCAGUCAUAAGUUUGGACACAUCUUCUAAUUCCAUGGUGUUUCCUGAUGUUUAUUUCUUUCUACAUUGUAAAACAAUGCUGAAGGCGGCCGAAAUCCACAAUAAUCUAGUUUGAACAGUUGAUAUUGAGAUAUGUCUGCUACUGAUGCUCUGUAAAGCCUUCAUAACGGCUCUAAUCUGAGGCGCUGUUAAUUGGUGAUUUCUGAGGCUGGUCACUCUAAAUGAACUUCUCCUCUGCAGCAGAGGUCAGUUUUGGUCUUGCUUUACUGGGAUGGUCUUCAUGUGAGCCAGUUUCAUCAUGGUGCUUGAUGGGUUCUGCAAAUGCACUUGACAAUACUGUUCUUGCAAGAACUAUUCCAGAACACCUGACCUUCGUGUCUUAAAAUAACAACUGACUGUUUUUUGUUGUCAUUACAUAUGGAUUACUGAAGUCCAUGUGUGUUAUUUCAUAGUUUUGAAAUCUCCAGUAUUGUUCUAGAACGUAGAAAAUAAAUCCCUAAACAAAAAACAUUGAAUUAAAAGGUGAGUCCAAACUUCUGACUGGUAGUGUAUAUGAAAAGCAGGUAAAGUAAUUAGGAAUUUUUUAUUUUAUUUAUUUAUUUAUUCAUUUAUAUUUUUUGAAUCUUGCCGGACAGCUUCAGACUAGCUGUGUGUGCAUGUGGAUCACACAGGAUCCCCCUAUAAAAAAAGACUUGAAACUAACCCAAAAUAUUAAUGCAGAGGACAGACAUGUUCAUCUUUUUCUCAGUCUUCUUGGGAAAAUAAUUUUCCUCUUUGGCGUCUGUAUCUGCAAUACACAGACAUUUUUUAUGCAGCUCUGCUCAUGGAACAAAGACCAAGUCCAUUAACCUGACACGAUUAACAUGCACUACUCGCUUUUUAGCCCGACCUAAUCACUGCCUUACUGAGCUUCAGAAUAAAACCACAAACAUAUUUCUGUACAAACACUAGAAAUAAUGCUUUUAUUUCUUAAGCCGCCGCUCCGUCUAGCUCACGCAGGCUGAGUACCUGAUCAUUUAAUUCAUUUAAAGGACAUUGUACAUUCAAUCUUCAUCGUUAUUGAGAGUAAAUCAUAUAGUAAUUACAGUGAUCCGGCAUAACAUUAUGACCGCCUGCCUAAUAUUGCGUUGGUCCCUGUUUUCCCAUCCCGUCAUGUGCUGUGUAUUCUGACCCCUUUCUAUCAGAACCAGCAUUAACGUCUUCAGCAGUUUGAGCAACAGUAGCUCGUCUGUUGGAUCGGAUCACACGGGCCAGCCUUCACUCCCCACGUCCAUCAAUGAGCCUUGACCGCCCAUGACCCUGUCUCCGGUUCACCACUGUUCCUUCCUUGGACCACUUUUGAUAGAUACUGACCACUGCAGACCGGGAACACCCCACAAGAGCUGCAGUUUUGGAGAUGCUCUGAUCCAGUGGUCUAGCCAUCACAAUUUGGCCCUUUUGGUCAAACUCUCUCAAAUCCUUACACUUGUCCAUUUUUCCUGCUUCUAACAUCAACUUUGAGGAUAAAAUGUUCACAUGCUGCCUAAUAUAUCCCACCCACUAACAGGUGCCAUGAUGAGGAGAUCAUCAGUCUUAUUCACUUCACCGGUCACUGCUCAGAAUGUUAUACCUGACCGGUGUAUGAUUAAAUACAGUCCACAUUAUGACUGACAGAAACGCCGUAAGUAACAGAUGACGUUCUGUGUCCAGUGAAGGUUUCUGAAACCUCUAAUAAGCUGAAGAACUGAACUGAAGUAAAUCUGGUGGAAUAUUAUUAGACAGUUAUUGUGGGAAAUUAUUGGGAAAGAGCUGAUUGCUUUAAAAUAGCUUGUAAUUAGCUUGCUGCUUUAGUCACAUUAGACAGAAGAAAGUAAGCCUUCUGGUUCAGCAGUUUAUAAUUUCAGUGUGGCAGGGUUAACAAUAAACAAAUGAACAAAUAAUGAAAGUAAAAAAAAUACAAUUAAAUAAAUAAAUAAGGAGAUAAACAAACAACUAACUAUUUAAACAAAUAACUAAAUAAGCAAACAAACAACUAAGUAAAGAAAUAAGCAUAUAAAUAAAAAAAAUACAAUUAAAUAAAUAAGCAAACAACUAACUAAAUAAAUAUGCAAAUAAAUACCUAAGCAAACAAACAAACAACUAAAUAAAUAAAUAAAAAAAAUAAGCCACGCCCACAUCAGGCUUAAAUCUCAAUAAGUAAACAGAUGGGAAUAUUCCGGGUACGGAGCAGACAGAAAUACAGACAAUGGCAAACAAAUUUCAGAGAAGUGGGCAGAUUACACUCCCGGUGUGUGAAAGAAUUUCUUUUGGGUUUACUUUUUUGAGAAGAAGUCCGUUUCACACCGCCACUCCAAGCCGAAAUAUCAGGGCAAAAGUAACACCAAAAGAACCACACAGAGUCGGGGUUCGAGUAGCAAUGCCUUUUGGAGUUGAUUGAGACAUACAGGGAGUGUUUAUUUUCUUAUCUACUGUAUGUGCAACGUCCAGUUCAACAGCAGGCAUCGAAGGUGUGAACAGAGAUGGUGGUAGAUAUCUCUACACACAGGCUAACACUGGAGCGUCUGCUACACUCUUUAUUCAGUCGAAACAAAGAACUUCUUGGUCUCAAACAGAGGAUAUCGUGGUCAUGAGAUAAGGUCAUAGUCAUCACAAAAUGGGCACAGGGCAUGACGAGAUAUAUUCAAAAUCUGUCGGUGUGAUUUGAUGCUGAAUGAGCAGCAGGUUAAAAAUAUGCACUCAGGUGGAUUGACCUGUCCUGGAGAAUGAUGGGGAGACUGAACUGGACAUGAUCAAGUUUAAUUAAAAAAAAAAAAAAACUGUGGGGAAGACAUGCAUUUAGAAAUAAAUCACUAAGUACAUGAUUUAAUUACCAUGUGAGCAGUUUAAAGCAUUGCAUGCACAAUAUCCAGCAUUUAUUUAUUCAUUAUAUUUAUUUAUUUAUUUAUUUAUUCAUUCGUUUAUGUCUUUUUUUUGGUCCAGAUUUCCAGAAAACCCUCUACAUUUGCAUCAUUUCAGUAGGUUUAUGCAUUGUUUAAAUCAUUUUGUGCACAAUAUCCAGCAUUUAUGUAUUCAUUAAAUUUUAUUGAAUUUAAUUUAUUGAACUUACUUAUUUAAUUAUUCAUUUAUUCAUUUUUUACAUUUAUUUAUUUAUUUAUUUAUCUAUCUUUUUUGGUCCAGAUUUCCAGAAAACCCUCUACAUUUGCAGCAUUUCAGUAGGUUUAUGCCUCUCUGUUGAGUUCAGCAGCUUUCAGUCGAUUUAUUCAUGAAUAAGAUUCGGUCUGCGGAACAAUGUGGAGUGAAAUCGCUGCCAUUAUGAUCAGUGAGAUUUUUUCAUGCACACAAUACAGUAAAACCUGCACAGUUUCAUCAAACAUGGUGACUUUAGUUAUAUAGUAAAGUUUAGUAUAAUAAAGGAGCAUGAACUCAAUCGCACAGGAUUUAUCAGUGUUCAAUCAGUGCUUUUUCUCAGUUUAAUACACACGUCUUCUUGAUGACCUUAGUGACUAAUCGAUCCUGUUUCUGAUGAAAACUGAAGGCCAUCAAGCCUGAUUUCCUCCAGAGACGUUCAGAAAUUUUCUAGCAAAUUCUCCAAGAAGCUUAGAACAAUCUGCCACAGAAAAGUGUGUGAGAGCGUACCUUAGAGAACUGAUUCAGUUUUAAACGCAAGGUAAAAUUAUGAUCCGAUCGUUUUAUUGGUUGUUUUAAUAUUUUCUUGAAUUCUGUAGUAUGUUUCUGUGCCUGUAUUGGAUAUGGAUUUUACUGUAAACAUUUCCAAGUGCAAAUAUAUCGUUUAAUAUGACAUUUCAGUAGUAUGUUAUGACAGUGGGAUUUGUUUUUAGUAUAAUCUUGAAGGCAUUUUUGUCAUUCUCCUUCUCCUAGAUCAGUGAUCUCCAACCUUUUUUCCUCUGGGAGCUACUUAUUGGUGUUAUAUUAUUAGUAACAU